AUGACGAACAAAUGGGUGAACGCACUGCACGAUGACGCCGCACAGGUACAUGCUAUUGGGCCAUGCGUCACGAUGGGUGACCUCAACGGGGACGGUGAUGUGAAGCUGAUCGUCGCUGAUAUGGGCAUUAAUAGAAUCAACAUGCGCCUCCGCAUCUUCAAAGGGGUCGGCGUGGUCGGGGAGUCCGUACUUGCCGAAGUCCCAGGUGCUGUCUGCUGUUUCCACAAUGAACAGACUACCGUACCAUCGGUCGCCAUCGCAUCCGGCCAUUCGCUGCUCAUCUACAAGAAUCUCAAGCCCUUCUACAAGUUUACGGUCCCUGGUUCGAAGGUGAACCCGAUCGAGGAAGAAGCCUGGCAAAAAGCCGGUGCCGGCGAGAUUUCGGUAAAUCAGCUCAACACUGUACUCAGCAACCUUAAACAAGAGGUACUCCUCCGGAACCUCACCUCCACCUCACAGACUUUCCUGCUGGCCAGUGAGGACGACAGGGUGGCGCUGGUGCAUCGUUAUGGCCAGAAAACACUUCAGAAUACGUGCUCGAUUACCUGCUUGACAGCCAUCAAAAAGAAUACAGCCGAUGUCUCGCCAAUCGACGUGCUAGUUAUCGGAACCGAACGUGGGGUGGUGCAUGCCAUCGAUUCACAGGCUUUCACUGUCGUCCUGACCUGCCAACUCCCAUCGACUCCAGCAUUUCUAUGUACGCAUGGAGUCUUCGACGUCGAUUUCCGAAUCUUUGUCGCAACCCGUGACGGUCAGAUUUUCACGGUCAAACGGGACCAGGCCCGAGUGGACAAGCCGACGAUCACCAUGAAAGCCGAUAUUUUGGCUAUUACAAAGCUUAACAAAAUGUUAGCCGUCGCCUGCGUCGACAACACUCUCACGUUUUUCACGUUCAAGGGCAAACGCCAGAAUCAGAUCAAACUGCACUCCCCGAUCCGCGGCCUCGAGCCGUUCUCCUACGCCCCUCGGCAGUACACCGGCGUUUUGGUGGCCCUCGAUCAUCAGGUGCGCAUCUACAAUGACAUGUUCCAACUCGACCAACUGCGCGUCGAUCCGAAAAUACGGUGGAUAAAGUAUGGACCGUUUGGGAGGGAGGAGGGCGGAUUGAUUAUUGGCACCACUGAGGGCGGCAUCAUCGUCAAGCUGUUCAGGCGGUUGGCCAAGCUGGACGAGAAGAUUGAGAUCAACCAACAGGUAGCCGCCCACAACAUAAAACUCAGCAUCCCCCGAAAAACGCGAGUUUUUGUGGAUCAAGCGAUGCGAGAGAGAGAAGCCGGCAUUCAGAUGCAUCAGGCCUAUCAACGCGAUCUAUUCAUGCUGAAAUACCUAACAACAAAGACGUUCUACGAGAUGACACGAUCAUCCUUGAAUACAGUUGCUAUUUCUGGUGAUUCGAAAGAGGCUGUCGAUAUUAGUGUCGAAAUACACGGUUUUGGACCAUCCUUCAGACUAACGGUCAAUCUCAACAAUAGCUCUAAAUCCCCAAUCGAUGAGGCUGUGAUAUCAUUCAUUUACGAUUCGUCAAUGUAUCGAUUUCAGCAUUCGAUGAUUAAUAUUGCAUACGUGGUACCUGGCCGUUCCUACUCCUAUUUCACGGGCGUCACCUGUCUACACCCGGAAAAAGGCACGAAUUCGGAAGUGCGAGCCCUGCUGUGUAAAAAGGAUCGCAGCAAUCCGCUCGUCACAUCCAUCAUCACGAUGCCAAUAUCGGAAAUGAGCCUAUUGGAU